ACAAGGUCCAAAAAUAUCGUGUGAAGAAAAUGGCGACAGCGUUUUGCCAAACCAGUUCAAGCUCCAACCUUUACCUCCAUCGCUGCCGUCAAAACCAUUCUCUUCCAUCUCCGUCGCGCUUUUCACCGUUACGGUCGUCUCGGCUUCAUCCUCAUACCCUCUUCCUCUUCGCCACUCCCGACCGCGUACGACGCAUCGCCGUCGCUCCUCUCGGCCCUCCAACACCGCCUAGUCCCGACCCACCUCCGCCUAAAAACACGACUGAGCUCACAAGUAUUGUGGGAGUAGCGUCGAUGAUCCAAGACCGUAUAAAGAUCUUUCUUUCAGUACUAAUUUGGAUCUCUCUCUUCUUCUGGGCUUCAGCAUUACAAGGAAGAGACAAAGGAAAUGGAAAAAAAGGCGUUACCUUUACUCUCUCUGCAGCCACGAGGAAGAGUGUAGAAACUAAAGGAGCUGAAUUUCAGAGAUUUUUUGUUUGUUCAAAGAUGCAAAUUUUUAGUUGCUUCUGCUGUGGAAAAGGAUUUGAUCGGCAAAAGAAGGUGAAAACGGAGCCAUCAUGGAGGAUUUUUUCACUGAAAGAACUUCACGCAGCAACAAACAGUUUUAAUUACGACAACAAGCUCGGUGAAGGCCGAUUUGGAAGUGUGUAUUGGGGUCAGCUAUGGGAUGGAUCUCAAAUUGCAGUCAAGAGACUGAAGGCAUGGAGUAGCAGAGAAGAGAUAGAUUUUGCCGUAGAAGUUGAGAUUCUUGCUCGUAUCCGUCACAAGAAUCUAUUGAGUGUACGAGGUUACUGUGCGGAAGGACAAGAACGACUCAUUGUAUAUGACUACAUGCCAAAUUUGAGCUUGGUCUCUCAUCUUCAUGGUCAGCAUUCAUCUGAGUCGCUUCUUGAUUGGACCAGGCGGAUGAAUAUUGCUGUAACCUCUGCUCAGGCGAUUGCCUACUUGCACCAUUUUGCAACACCUCGAAUAGUCCAUGGAGAUGUGAGAGCAAGCAAUGUGCUCCUAGAUUCUGAGUUUGAAGCUCGGGUUACGGAUUUCGGAUACGAUAAGCUGAUGCCAGAUGAUGGAGCUAACAAAAGCACCAAGGGUAAUAACAUUGGGUAUCUCUCACCAGAAUGUAUCGAAUCUGGAAAAGAAUCAGACAUGGGAGAUGUGUAUAGUUUUGGUGUUCUUUUGCUGGAGCUUGUAACUGGUAAGAGACCUACUGAAAAGGUAAACUUAACAACAAAGCGGGGUAUUACCGAAUGGGUUUUACCUCUUGUAUACGAAAGAAAGUUUGGUGAAAUUGUCGAUCAAAGGCUGAAUGGGAAGUAUGUGGAAGAGGAGCUGAAAAGGGUAGUUUUGGUUGGUCUCAUGUGUGCUCAGAGGGAGCCAGAGAAGAGACCAACAAUGUCUGAAGUUGUGGAGAUGCUAAUGAAUGAAUCAAAGGAGAAAAUGGCUCAGCUUGAAGCUAAUCCACUCUUCAAUGGAAACAAUGAAGGGGAAGUUAUAGAUGAAAGCUCAGAGAUCAUUUCGGAAGAGAGAGAUCAUCAAUAACAAGUACAAGAAUAGAUAAAGUCUCUGUUA